AUGAAGACUAAUCUCUUCAUCUUUGCUGCUUUCUUUCUCCCGGGCUCUGUGGUUGCUAGGCCUCACAACCACAAUCAUGCUCAUGGCCUGGAGAAACGCGCUUAUGUGACUGAUACUAUUGUUGUUAAGGUGCCUGAGGUUAUCAACUGGGUUGAUAAUGCUGGCAAUACCGUCACAAUUGAAACUAAGGGGAUGAAGUCUUUCAAGACCGUUCAUCCUACCCCUGACAAUGGAGAUGUUGGCACUACUAUCUUCCCUGAUACCUCUACUAUGGCUACUACCACAGUCACCAAUAUACCCACUUCUGUCUCUACCCCUGUCCCUAAGCCAGAGCCUACCACCGAGGUAAAAAUCCCUGACCUGAAUCCGGGGUCGACUGAGAUCAAACAAACUAAGGACAUUACUACCACCAAAAUCAAGCCCUCGGAGCCUGUUAUUACUGAGCCGAAAAGCACUGAUAAGCAAAAUGGUGUUUCCCCUGUGCAGCCCACUAUCACUGAGCCAAAGAAAACAGAGACCACAGCGCAUGAGCCUACCAUCACGGGUCCAGGGACGACUGCUCAGCCAACAGAGACGAGCGCCACCAAGACCACGAUUACUGAAGUCAAACCGACCUCUGUUAGGCCAACCGAGCCUCCGACGACAUCUAUUCAGUCUCUAGCUCCAAGCAAGCCUUCAAACGUACCUGCUCAUACUUCCUUGCCAGCCAAGGACCCUACUGAAAAAUGGAUUCCUGCAAAUGGGUUUGGAAUCUGCUAUGCCCCAUAUGCUGCUGACGGGAAAUGCAAAAACCAGGACCAAGUCAAUGCAGACUUUGCAAAGCUGAAUGAGUAUAGUAUUGUUCGUUCCUAUGGCGUUGACUGCAACCAAAUUGCAAUGAUGCUUAAUGCGGCAAAGACUUACAACAAGAAAGUUAUGCUUGGCCUUUUCACCAUUCAAAACGUCGACUCUGAUUUGAACAUUUUCCUUGCCGCUGCAAAGAACAACUGGGCAUACAUCUACGCCGUUGCUAUUGGCAACGAAGUCGUUAACACCAGAAAAGCAUCAGCUAAUGCCCUCGUCAACGCGGUCAAUCACUCUAGGGAUGUCCUUCGUUUUAACGGAUACAAUGGCCCAGUCGUAGCCGUCGACACCGUCAAUGCCAUGACCGCUCAUCCAGAAAUCUGUUACGCAUCUGAUUUCUGUGCUGUCAAUAUCCACCCAUUUUUCGAUCCGCAUACCUCCGCUUCUGAGGCCGGACAGUUCGUUAGAGAGCAAUCCAAGGCUGUUUCUAAUGCCGUACACGGAGCCAAGAGAGUUAUUGUCACUGAAACUGGAUGGCCUCAUGGCGGCUACCAAAACGGAGAAGCUUUUCCCUCAAGAGAGAACCAGCGCAUUGCUAUCGAGAACAUAAAGCAGGCUUACAAAGAUACCAAUGGAGAGCUGUUCUUAUUCUCUGCUUUCGAUGAUCCAUGGAAAGUAGAUGGUUCCAACACUUUCGGUGCAGAGAAGUACUGGGGUAUCUACUAA